CGUGUGUUUUAGACGUGGAUCCACGUUCGAAAAAUCUUUACCCUCGUGUGCCUAAGCGUGGAUCCACGUCCAAAACUAACAAACUUUUUAAAUGCGAUUUUGUUCUCUAUUCUUUGGACUUUUGGGUAAAUUUUUUUUUGCAACGAAAACGUACUGAAUGAAUCUGUCACGGGCGGCCAUUAGACUGAAUGGAUUUCGUCAUGGGAAUGGGAUCGACAAGUAAAAACAAGUGCAUUCUGGUGACACGUGCGACCGGUGAAAUUCCUUUUGUGUGAUUCUCACGAAAAUAAACAACUGAAUUCAUCAUGGUUGUGGUCCUGGAUCUUGACCGGUUUUUGCAUAAACGCGACUAUAUUUCUUGCUAUAAAGGAGAGUGUAUGUGGCCAUGGGAGGAAACCCAUUUCUUGCGGGAAAAUAUUUGUCAUAUUUGCCACACGGAAGUUAAUAACUCCAUAAGGCACUUCCGUGUCAUCAUGAGUAGAAAUACAAUUCGUCGGCUUCUACUAUCAAAUUUUUUCUGGUGCAAAUGUGGUUAUAGUGUAUAUGAUCACUAUCCCCCAGACGAAUGUUGCUCAUAAAUUCUUAAUUUUAAUUUGAUUCUUUUUUUAAAUUCAUUGAUCAGAUCAUUCCAAGAAGAAUAUGUUUUUAUUUUCAAAAAUAAAAUUGAUUUCUUAAUCAAAUUAACUCAUUUUCUCUACGUGGACACAAGAAGGUACUAGGCAAGAUCUACGUCGUCCAAUAAACUAUUAAAUGGCAUAAUUGACUAACUGGUAAUGGAGCCAGACCGAAUUAUUGACGACGUCGGGCUUCCCGAAGCCAGCACUUCAAAAAGUGUGGGUACCGGAAGACAUUUUCCCGAUGACGACGAUUAUGAUUGGCAGCCUAAUCAAAGGCCUCAUGACCUUGAUAUGUCUUAUUCCGAGAUACUCAGUGGGCCAUUAGGCGAGGAGCUAAGAGUGGAUUCGGGCAGUGAGGAAGAGGAGGAACCUAUGUCGCUGGAGGAGCUUCGAGCUAUCCUGGAAGAGACAGCCGAAGAUGUUGAGGAAGAUCCCGAAGAACACGAGAGGCUGUCUGAAUCUUUCAAUUGGUCAAGCGAUUAUAGUACAUUUAGAGGUCAACCGGAAGUUUAUUCCCAGGCAGGCGAGCGAGGUCCCAAUAUUAAGGAAACAGAUCCUCUGAAGCUAUUCACUCAUGUUUGGGAUCACGAUAUAAUGAACAGUAUUGUGGCACAGACCAACGAGUAUGCCUGGCAAACGAUAGCGCAAGCAUCCGAGUUACCGGACGGUAUCUCGGCGCAUUCUCGAUUAAAUGAUUGGGUAGAAACCACUACUGAUGAGCUGUACAAGCUCUUUGCGGUGAUGAUUUUUAUGUCGCUGAUGGUCGCAGGACGUGUGAGUGAAUACUGGAGCACGGGUACCCUGGCCAUGCCAGGUUUUCGUAAACUUAUGAGUAUAAAACGGUACUGGCUACUCAUGCGUUUCCUGCACUUUGUCGAUAACAAUACUAUCAGUGUUCAUGGUUCCGAUCGUAAAGUUGCUAAGAUACAACCCAUCAUUGACCAUUGUAAUAAAAAGUUUAAUAGCAUGUACACGCCUCGCAGAGAAAUAAGCAUUGACGAAUCGUUGCUGCUUUUUAAAGGACGCUUGAGUUGGAUUCAGUGUAUCCGUACAAAAGCAGCACGGUUUGGUAUCAAAUUUUAUGAACUUUGCGAGGCGGUUACAGGCUAUUUGCUCAAAUUUGAGGUUUACACGGGGAAAAAAAUAUCCACAGACAGGGGACUCUGCGGAGGACUCCUUGUAUGGCUUUACGAGCGCAAGUGCGAAAGUGGUGCUAAGGCUCAUGCAAAGAUUCCUCAACAAAGGUCACUGUCUUGUAAUGGAUAACUUUUAUAAUUCAGUUACUUUGACACGAUUUUUAAAGUUGAAUAAGACCGAUGUCAUCGGAACUCUGAACAGGCGAAGAAUGGGGACACCGAGGGACAUACAAAUUCUCAACGAAAGGAAACUUCAAAAAGCAGCAGUGGUAAGUAGACACUGUGGUGACGUAUCUGUCUUAUCCUGGAAAGACGUUAAAUUAGUAACCACAGUGUCGACUUACCACAAUGCGGACAUGUUGCCUGGAAGAAGAGCAGGACAACAAAUAUUGAAGCCUGUGGUUGUGCACGACUACAAUAAGUACAUGGGCGGUGUAGAUUUAAAAGAUCAAAUGCUGUCCAUGUACUUAAUGGAACGCAAAAGGGGGAUGAAAUGGUACUUGAAAGUGUUCAAACGGCUAAUAAAUGUUAGCAUUUUGAACAUUUUUAUCAUACAUCGCGAGAACAGCACAAAUCCCCUCAGCCACAGGCAAUUCAGAUAUAAAUUGGCGGAGCAACUGGCUCAGAAAUACCCAAAUUUGACCUUAUCUCGGCUAAUAAAUCCUCCUGCUCUUCUCCGCUUAGAUGGUGAUAAUCACUUUCCAAUCUAUGCAGAUUCUUUAGAAGAUCGAGCGGGGAGCAAAAGAAACAAAAUUAAAAGAAACCGCUGCGUUCGUUGCUCCUUAAAAAAAA